GUAUACGUGUGGUUGGUGAGAAAUAUGUAUGUUGCCGCUCAGCUGUGCCGGAAGCCGGAGCAGGCCGGAGAUCGAAGAGAGCUUUGAUUAAAUUCGGCAAUCAAAUUCUCUUUUCGGGAAAGCAUACUUUUUACCUAGUUGCAGCCAGUUUAUUUACAGAAUAAUGGCGCUCAGUCCUACAACGAUGUCGAAAUUGAAGAACAAGGAUUGCGUGAAUAAGAUGAGACAUGGCUCACCGAAGUUGCUGGAGAUGCUGCGAAAGAGAUGUCGUCAAAGAAUGCGAGAGAAGCGCGAUCAGUUAUUUAAUAGAAACAGAUUCGCCUUGGAACCGAAACCUGUGCAGCAUGCACUGACAGAAAUUGUACGCCAAGAAUUUAAGAAUCUAACAACAUCAAAUGAUCGCAAUGCAGAUCUUCCAUUCAAAGUAAUUGACGAGCCUCUAACAUUGGAAGAAGCAAUCGAGUUAGAAAACGAAAUUGUUCGUGAAGAAGAGCAAUGGAUAUUUCAAGAAUAUGAGAAGAUUUUGCAAGACGAGCUUGAAUACCUAGCGAUGUUUGCUGACAAUGAGAAUAGAGAAAUAUUCUGUCCCAUAUGCCAAAAAGCUAUAUUAACAGAAGGAAAUGAUUGUGUAAAUUGUCUAGUUUGUGGAUUAAAAUUGACAGGUCACAGUAUGCAAGAGGUGAGACAUUUAAUUAAUGAGAGUGUGAACAUCCAUGCGUUCAAUUGUGUCCAAAUACCAGCAUUCGUAGUAAUACCUGAUAACAAUAAUCUCAAUUUAUAUCUGGUAUGCCAUGACUGUUCUACUUUAGCAUUGAUUUGCUGAUCAUUUUAUUAGUAAUUAACUUAUUGAAAAUAAGACUGUUAGGUAACAUACAACAAAAAAUACAUACAAAAAAAAUUUUAAAUGCUGUCACUAUCCAAUGUGUGUCCAAAGAAUAAUUUGCAUUAGAACAAAGUUUUAAUGCUGAUUAUAAUUUCCUUAACAUUAAGUUUUUUUGUAAGAAAAUAUUUAUGAAUUUAUAUAGAUUACGUAUAUCUUUCUAUUUAUAAAAAAAUCUAAAAAUUAAUUGCUGAGUAUUAAUAUUCAUUAUAAAAACUUUUCAAAUCUUUCGUUUUCAAUGCAAAGAGCAAUGGAAGAGCACAUUUGCGAAGUUUUUUGAAUAUUAGAAAAGAUUGUAUUAUCUGUUUGUAUUCCAUGAUUUUGAUUAAUCUUAACUUUGAUUAACAAAUUAACCUUAAUUUUAAUAUAGAUAAUAUCAUAUAGUAUAAUUUUUUAUAAUAUUUGAUACGCAAUACAAUAUUGCGAGGUAUAAAGAAAAAAUGCAUCAAGUUGAAUUUCUUCAUAUUGUUGUAACAUUUGAAUAGUAACAUGUGAAUCUUUAUGAUUAUAUGAUACAUAUUGUACAAAAAAAAAAA